GUCUCAUCCGACUGAGAGCCGGGUGAAAAAUGGAUUCCAUUAGCGCCAGCAAAUUUGCUCGCUUGUCCCGGGAAACAGCCACAAAAAAAGGAGAAAAGCGAACAACAAAACAGUGGACAACUGCAUUGAUUUUGUAGCACGUGGCAUGUUCUGCCCGCCUGUCAUUUAUGUUAAUGGUCGAACCGAAUUGGCAUUAGGCUGCUGCCCAAACUCACGCCUAAAAAUAUAUAGAAAAUUGCUGGAAACAUGGAGACAGAGAGAGCUUCUCAGUUGUAUUUUAUAUUGUGAAAUUGCGGAAUUUAGCCAAAAAUUCGGAAUAUAUUUGCGGACUAUCCAUUUACGCGUCAAUCAAUCUAACGAACUGAAAAUCCAAAAUCGGGCAGAUGAAAUUGGUGAACAUAGUUUUUGUUUAUAUUUGUAUCCAGGCUGAACUUGAGAUUUAAAUGAUGGCCAAUUUGACACUUAAUCUAUUAGUAUAAUUUUCGAGUUUUUGAUAUAUGAAAAUCGCUGAAAAAGCUGUCAAUUUAUUGCUUACACAAUUUAGGAAGAUAGUCACUGGCACCGAUGUUUGAUGGACCUUCGGGGGUCCUUCCCAGUCCUGAGGCACAGUUUCAACAUCACGAAUCGCAUGGAUCACAUGGCGGCGAUGUAGUCUCCAGUCACGAAGGUCAUGGUUCGCCGGCAAUGUCGCAUCAUGGUCAUGGGGUUGACAGCCAUGGGGACCACGGAGGAGGAGAAGGAGGAGGCGGUCACAUGAUGGCGAUGGCCUUUCAUACGGGCUAUACGGAGACCAUUCUGUUUAAUUUCUGGCGCACCCAAUCUGCGAUGGCCUUGGGUCUGUCCUGCCUACUGAUUUUCCUAGUGGCCGUUCUCUAUGAGGGCUUGAAAUUCUAUAGGGAGUGGCUGAUUGCGAAAACCAGAGACAAGAGAUUGGAUGCCGGCGGCGAUCAAAAUGACCGGGGGCGACGCUAUAGGGAGCCGAACUAUGGCUACAAGCCAGCGUCGUAUUCUUAUAGGCUGUCGCCACCGCAGCAGCAGGCGCAAGGUCAGGUCCCGGCCUACGCAUACCGUCCACCCCCGUCCGCCAUCCAGCCUCAUCAGCAUAAUGAACCAAUCGGCUCUCCGCCUGGACCGCCCGCUCAGAUGAUUCCAGCACAACACCACCACCACUUGCCGCAAGGACCGGGACAUCAUCACAUACAGGAGCCGCAGGUUCCCGAUGGUGAUAGAAAAGUGCCUUGGCGUCGGCGCUGGUUCUCCCGGCUGCAUAUCAUCCAGACCUUUCUGCACAUCCUGCAAGUGCUCAUCUCCUUCCUGCUAAUGCUCGUCUUCAUGACCUUCAACGUGUGGCUGUGCAUGGCCGUCGUUUUGGGCGCCGGUGUUGGAUACUACAUAUUCUGCGCCUUCAGCAACAGAAUUAAUGAGCACUGCAACUGAGAUGAUCCGGACAUAACCGAAAAGAAAACCAAGAUGAGCUGUCUAGUCCUGGCUAAUGUGCUUUUCUAAUUAAAGCAAGUUGUAAAAAUCAUAA